AUGUCAAUGGUUUGGAUUGCUCUGAAGAAUUCGUUGGAUUGCCGAAAGUUACAACUCCCAUCGGAUGUGCAUGAUCCAGAAGCCGAUGGUAAUCCGAGCACUUCGGAAAAAAGGCCAGGCAGGUCUAGGUGUCUAGGAUCCAUAUCAAAUCUGAGAGAGAAGCCACUAGGUUGCAGUGCAAGGACAGCAUGGAGCAGUGAAUCCCUCAACCCUGUGACCCAUAAAAUAGUCCUUGACGACCCAACAACAUGUGAAACUAAAACUGGUCCGCUUUGUGUUUCCCAUAAAGAUAGAGACAGAGGAAGGGAUAUUGGUCCAACUUUUGUGGGUAACCUAAGACCAUGGACCACUGACCAUAGCCAUAGGGUGCCCCAUUUUAAGCCUAGCGGGCCUACUUCCUCCAUUAGGACCCAUGGUGGUUCUAUUAUCUUUGAUGAUGGUUGUGGUGGUGGUAUUCAUAUAUGUUCAAAGAUUAGGAGAUCAAAUGAGACAGAUUAUAAUGGUUCUUCAACUUUAAUUUGCCAAAUGUGUGGGGAGAAAUUCAGAAAAUUGGAUGCUAUUGAAGGACACCGUCUUUCCAAGCAUGCAGUAAUUGAACUAGGUGAAGGAGACUUAUCUAGGAAGAUUGUAGAAAAAAUCUGCCAAAAGAGUUGGUUAAAGACAGAGAACAACUGCAGACGCAUGGAGAGGGUCUUGAAGGUCCAAAACAUGCCAAAAAAUGUGUCCUGCUUUGAAGAACAUAGAGAAACAAUGAAGAUCAAAGCUAGCAGACUACCCAAAAGGCAUCCACGCUGCCUGGUCGACGGGAAUGAGCUUUUAAUGUUCUACGGCACAACCGUUGUGUGCUCUCUUGGCAUGAAUAAGGACUCUUGUAGCCUGUGCACUUUGGAUAACUGUGGCGUAUGUCAAGUUUUAAGACAUGGAUUCUUCGCUAAGAAGGAAUGCAAUGGCGGGUUAGGUGUUUUUACAACUUCCAGCAGUGAAAGAGCAUUAGAAUCUAUUGAGACAGAUGAAGCAGAUCGGUCUGUAAGGAAGGCUUUAAUGGUGUGCAGAGUAGUGGCCGGGAGAGUUCAUAAACCUGGGGAAAGCAUUCAAGAUAUGACUGCCCCAGGGUUCGAUUCAUUGGCUAGGAAAAUGGGUUCUCAUUCGAAUGUUGAGGAACUCUAUGUGCUGAAUCCCCAAGCUAUCCUACCCUGUUUUGUGGUAAUAAUAAGUAAAGGAUCAUUCGUUUAGAGGAAUCUACACGAAUAUCUGAACCUGCUUUAGAUUGUUAUCCAGAAGCGCCAAUUUUGGUUUGCCAUUACUCUGAAUUUAGGAGAGUUUUUUUUUUUUUUUUGUACAUUAUUUUCAGCUUGUAAUCUGCCAUGAAAUUUUCCUGUGAGUAAGUUGGUCUGGAUAAUGGCUUUGGU